CAUACAUAGAUUCAAUGGCUUCCAUUAGAUGGAGCAGAGGAAGAACUAUAGGAAAAGGCGCUGAAGGUAUUGUCACUUUAGCAACUACACACAACAAUUUCUCCAUCGCUGUCAAAUCUUCUCUGUUUUCCUGUUCCAAAUCGUUACAGAGGGAGAGAGAAUUUCUCAACGAAUUUCAAGAUUGUUCCCAAAUUAUUCGCUGUUUUGGAGCGGAUGUCACUGAAGAAGAUGGCGAUAUUCUCUAUAAUAUAUUACUGGAAUAUGCUAUUGGUGGAAGUUUAGCUCAUCGAAUUGGUAAAAAAUCAGGAUUGCCGGAUUUUGAGGUAAAAAAGUACUCAAAAUCAAUUCUAUUGGGGCUUAGGGUUGUUCAUGGAAGGGGUUUUGUUCAUGGUGAUAUCAAACCGCACAAUAUUCUACUCGUGGGUACUGAAAAAAGGGCCAAAAUUGCGGAUUUUGGAUUCGCAAGCAAGGUAGGUAAUGAGGAUAAGAAAAGAAAGCUUAGGGGAACGCCAAUGUAUAUGGCACCAGAAUCAGUGCUUGAUGAUGAAUAUGGAACUCCGGCUGAUAUUUGGGCUUUCGGAUGCACUGUUUUUGAGAUGAUUACUGGGAAGAAAGUGUGGGAUUGCACUGAUCCUCUUCAUCUUUUGUGCAAAAUUGGAAUGCAAUCACCGGAGUUGCACGACGACAAGAUGUCCAAACAGGCAGAAGAUUUUCUGAAUAAGUGCGUUGAUAGGGAUCCGCAUUCUCGAUGGACAGCUGAUCUGUUGUUGAAUCAUCCUUUCCUUUCAUCUGAUAAUAAUAAUGUUCAUCAGAGGAAGAGGAAGGAACUCAACCUUGUUGAUCUAUGCAAUAGUACAGAGCUGAAACCAAUGAAACUGUUGAACAACAAGAGGAGAAGAAAGCUAGUGGAAAGAUGUUGAUUAUUAUUCAUCUUUUGAUUAGAAUUAUAUUACUCCGUAUAAAGUAACACAUUGGCAACCUUCUGAUCCUGCCCCUUGUAUUAGAACAAAACAAUUUUGUGUAUAACUUCUCUUUAUUAUUGAACAAUCUGUACAAAAGAGGCUUUUUUUAAGGUAAAU